CGUAGCACUAUCGAGCGCUGUCGUGUCCCGGCUUUCGUUUGUGAAGAUAAGUAAAGAAAAUGAAAAUGUAGUGAGUUUUGUGUUGAGCAUUCAUGAUAACGUUUCGGAUUAUAACACCAUGCUGUUUUAUCAAUUAACAUGCACGGUAGCCUUCGUAGUAUCACUGACAAUGGGAGCUCGGGAAUUGAUUCAUGGUAAUCCAACGUCAGACAUGUCAGGGGAUGAGAUUGUAACACCGAAAGGUAACAAAACAGCAGAUGCCUCGGCGGCAGACGAAAGUGGUCACGAAGAAAUUGAUAUUGAAGAAAUAAAAGAUAAAAAGUUUUUAGACGAUGCAAUGGCAUCAGUACUAGAUCCUAACACUAUGAUAGUUAAAAAUGAUGAUGUACACAAUUUUAAAGCGCAGUUAAAUGAAAUAAAUAGCGAGAAUAUGACCUUAGAUAGUUUUAUGGAAAAUAUGGACAAGCUAAGUUUAGAUGUGUGCAAAACUUCCCAGGAAGCCUUGUGGGACUACGUCACUAAUAUUAAUGAUGAAAUGAAGAAAAAUAAAAUGAUUCGAGUGGCAGCAGAAGAAGACGAAAUAAAAAAGCAAUAUUGGAAUAUACUUAAAACAAAAUAUUUACGUGAAAUACCAAAUAUAAACGACCAAAAAAUAAGUAGAAAGAUUCGCAUAAUCAAAGAAAGGGGGACAAAUGUUCAAAUGCCACAGAGUAAACAACGUGAAGAAAUAGAUACAAUGCAGCGUAUAUGGAGCCGAGUGUCCGUGUGUGCAUACAAUGCAACGGUAUGCUCGGACGACUCGUUGCGAACGAUGAGUGAUAUCAUAUCAUUAUUCAAAACUAGUAACGAUUCCAAAGAAUUAGCGUAUUACUGGAAAGGUUACAGAGACAGUACUGGCAAGAAAAUCCGACCCAUAUUCAAGGACUAUGUGGUAAGAAUGAAUCGAGUGGCUGAAUCGGAAAACUUUGCUGACGCUGGGGAUAUGUGGCGGUAUGCCUUCGAAGACGACCAUUUUGUCGAAAAUGUUGACAAAAUGUGGAUUGAGAUUAAGCCCUUGUACAAACUGUUGCACGACUAUGUCAGAGCGAAGCUAAAAAAAAAUUACAAAGAGGAUUUGCAGUGCAAUGAUGAUCUUAUCCCAGCGCAUAUUUUAGGUAACUUAUGGGCUCAAGAGUGGCAAGCUAUCUAUCCCCUUGUAGCUGCAUAUCCAGAAGUGGUAAGGCCAAAGGUCCAAAGUAACGAGACUCUGCAUUCUAAAGACUUGUUCGACGCGGUGGACGAAUUCCACCAGUCCCUUGGAUUUGAAAGCGCCAUUGAAUCAUAUCGGGGAAUUACUGAUACCAUGGCUACAGCUAACUGCCUGCCUUCGAGCCAUGAUAUGUGUGAUGGGGCUAAUUACAGAAUAAAAUGGUGCGGAGAAAAAAUCACAGAUGUGGCAGUGGGGUUGUCCCGGGCCGCAAGGCUGCUAGGACAUGUCCAGUACUUCAAGCACUAUCGGCACCUUCCUCCUUUGUAUCGGGACGGCCCAAAUCCAGCAUUUCACGACGCGAUCUCAGACAUCGUAGCUGUCCAGCUCACUUCGCCGAACCACUUGAAGACCCUGAGGUUUCCAAAAGUAGAAACGAGCCCUCAAGUGACCAUGAACCAUCUGCUCUGGGUAGCCCUGGAGAAGCUGCCAUUGAUGGCAUAUGCGUAUGUGCUGGAUAAGUGGCGGUGGGACGUCUUUGGCAACAGCAGCAUUCAAAAUUGGAACCAGCAUUGGUGGGAUCUUAGGAUUAAAGAAACAGGUGUGUCGCCGCCAGUCCCGCGCAACGAGAGUGACCUGGAUCCCGCAGCCAAGUAUCAUGUGGUGUCGCACGUGCAAUACGUGACUUACCUGGUGUCUCACGUCCUGGAGUUUCAACUUCUACGGUCGCUGUGCAGGAGUACGAAUCACUCUGGACCUCUGCACGAAUGUUCCAUCUACGGACAGAAGGACGCGGGAAAACUACUCAGUACCGGAAUGUCACUUGGAGCAAGUCAAGAUUGGCGAACGGUACUCGAAGCGAUGACAGGUGAAACAAAAUUGUCUACGAAAGGCUUUCUAGAAUACUUCUCAACUCUACAAGACUUUUUAAAGGAAGAAAACAUCAAACUGGCCAAAGACAUAGAGGACGACGAUAUGGAUCAAAGCGCUCCCAUCAUAGUAGGAGUCGUGGUGUUGUGUCUGACCCUUCUCAUUGUACUAAUGUAUUGCAUUAAGAAACAUAGAGGUACAAAUGUUCUAUCUAUGUGUGGACUAAGCAAAAACGGGUCUUUAGAUAUAGUAACGAAUGAAGCGCCUCAAGGUAAGACGAAUGAAAUAGAAGGGAUUGUUGAAGACAAAGUCUAAAUAAUAAUUUUAAUUGCAAAUUGAAAUACCAGCGAGUCUGAGGAUUGUUCAUGUGUAGAUUUCUCAAAGAUUGUGCCGCUAUGUUAAAUUAAUUGUGUAUUUAUUGCAUAUGUAUUGCAAUUAGCAUAAGAUAAGCUUUUAUUGGUUAUGUGUACGUUAAUAAGAAAAAAAAUCCUUUAUUGAUUGACGCAUAUACGUUUUUUACUUAUU